ACAUUGCUGGAAACAUUCGACGACGACAAGAAGAAAAAAAGUUAACGGUGAGCAAAAAGGCAAAGAGCGAAGAAGGUGGAACAAAAAUAUCAAAAGUCCACAAUGGCGAGCACCGGUGUUGUGGUUCCGCGAAAUUUUCGCUUGCUGGAAGAGUUGGAUCAAGGUCAAAAAGGUGUUGGUGAUGGGACGAUUUCCUGGGGUCUCGAAAACGACGAUGACAUGACUCUAACACACUGGAUCGGCAUGAUAAUAGGCCCUCCCAGAACCCCCUAUGAAAAUAGAAUGUAUUCACUGAAAAUUGAAUGCGGCGAUAGAUAUCCUGAUGAACCGCCCGCAAUACGGUUUCUGACAAGGAUUAAUAUAAACUGCAUUAAUCAGAGCAAUGGUGUGGUUGAUCACAGAUUAGUGCCCAUGCUAUCCAGAUGGAAUCGGGAAUACACUAUAAAGUCAAUGCUUCAAGAAAUACGUAGAAUCAUGACAUGCAAAGAGAAUCUUAAAUUGGCGCAACCACCAGAAGGCAGCGUUUUUUAGUUGAUCACCUCAAUUGUCGUUACUGGCAAUUCAGCAACAGUUGCCGUUGCUGCUGCUGUUGUCCUGCAGUUGCUGUCAUCAAAGUUGCCGAAAAACGAAGUCAUAAAUCUUCAACGUAAACGUCGUCGUCGUUGUAUAAGUCGCCACCACUUCAACGUCUUCUCCUAUGAGAACGUGUUAUUAUUAUUAUCAUGCUUUUAAAUUUAAUUAAUCAAGUUAAAUCGCAAAAAGGAAACAUCAAAGAAAUAAAGUAACAAAAAUAGUAAUAAUAAGUGGAAGAAAUUUAAACAAAUAAUAAGUAACUAAGAAGGGAAUAUAUGAUAAACUUAAUCACACAAUCAAGUGAAAUUUAGGCGAACACUUGAAGAUUAAGAAAAGAACUACAGUAGUGACGAAAUAUGUGAAACAAACAAACAUAGUAUCUUACGAAUUCAUUAACAACAUAUACACUAGUAUCACACGCCUAUAACACACACACGGCCGAAGGAAGGAAAACUUGCAUAACGAUUAAAAUUAUAAAUGCAUAAAAUAUUUAUUAAUUAAUGAAAUAUUAAUUCAACAAUAGAUACGAAAGAAAAGCGAAAUAUGUUCUAUGUGCUGCUAAGUAAUUAUGCAACGUCAAUGAAACGAAAUAAAGUAGUAAACGAUGUUAACAUUCA